AUGGACCAACUUGCUACUCAUAAUAAGACACUUGAAAAUCAAAUUGCUCAGCAAGCAGGUUCUUCAAGCAAAACUACUGGUAAACUGCCUAGUCAAUCAGAGAUGAACCUAAAGAAGCAUUGUAAAGCAGUUACAUUGAGGAGUGGAAGAAUUCUAGAACAACCAGAGGAAAAACCAACAGAGGAAAGCUUUGAUAAAUCUGAAAGCCAAGCAGAGAAGAAAGAGGAAGAAGAUAAAGAGGCCUUGAUCUCAGCACCUAUUAUGCAACCACCUGAUUGGAAGCUACCAUUCGAAAUCAUGUGCGAUGUAAGUGAUUAUGCUGUGGGGGCAGUACUCGGACAAAUGAAAGAUAGAAAACUCCAUGCCAUUUACUAUGCCAGCAAGACACUUGACGAUGCGCAAAUCAACUACGCUACCAUUGAAAAGGAAUUCCUAGCAGUAGUGUUUGCAAUUAAUAAAUUUAGAUCCUAUCUUCUUGGAUCAAAAGUCAUUAUAUACACAGACCAUGCUGCUAUCAGAUACCUUUUGAAUAAAAAGGAAGUACCCCAAUUCACAAUUCUGCAAAGUAAAGAAUCAAAGGCAAAGGAGGAGAAGAGACGUCAAACCACACAAGAAGAGACUGCACAAAAUCGGGGAAGUAGACCUGUUGCUACUUUUUACAUUCAUUUCAUUCAUAGUGGUAGCAUUAUAUUUUAA